AUGCGCCUCUUUUUGGCAGAGCCACUCUCUCUCUCCACUUGCACCGCCAUCCAUCCAUCAAUUCCACUCACAGCUCUCUCGCACAGCCAUGGCAGCGGCACGACUGCAAAUACUUACUUACUGUAUGUACUGUGUAAAAUAAAUAAUUGGCAGCCGACGCGCACACGUUCGUUAGCGUUUCGUUUCGCAGAGGCCAUGUCCUUGGGGCCUUGGGUGGUGCCCUGGCCUACCCUGCGUCAUUGCCCUGCUUUGCCUGCCCUCUGCACGGGGAGAGUCAAUCAAGCACUCAAUCACAACACAGACAGCACACGGUGGUUGCUUGGCCUCGCCAAUAGCAUACGAAGGACAGCAGACUAUUAA